AUGGAGAACAAAAAGUUAAACGACCAUCAGAACAUUACUCUAAAUGUAUCUAAUAAAGAAAGAAGUUCUCUUAUUGUACACCAAGCUCUUCCCAAUCAUAACAUUGAUUUAGAAAGUAUAUGUGCAAGUGAUUCAGGUCAAUCUGACUAUGAAUGGGAGGCUCAAAUGAAUAACAAACCUCUGUCAUCAGAAAGUGAUUCAGAUGAAUAUGAAUUCCCUGCUGUUGAAAUACAAACCUUUUUACAACAAUGGAAAGUUAAAAACAAUAUUACACAAAAUGCAUUGUCUAGUCUCCUUAGUGGACUUAAAAAUGAUAUUCCUAAUUUACCAAAAGAUGCUAGGACUUUAAUGAAAAUCCCUAAAACUAUUUAUCCAGAGUGCAUGGGGGAUGGGAUGUUUGUUUAUCUUGGUAUAUGUAAUGGAUUAACAAAACAACUUGAGGCUUAUGAUGUCAGUCAUUUAACUUGUCUGGUGUUAGAUUUUAAUGUUGAUGGUUUGCCCUUAUUUAAAAGCUCAAAUAUCAAUGUUUGGCCAAUCUUAUGCUCCAUCAAUAACAUACCAGUUAAUAAUCCGUUUAUUGUUGCAAUGUUUUGUGGGAGUGGGAAACCACCAGUGCAUGAAUAUUUAAAACUUUUUGCAUUUAAUUCAAAAGAAGGUUGUGAGAAAUGUGUUCAGAAAGGACAAUGGGCUGGGAAAAUGGUUUUCCCUGGUACAAAUGCAACACUCAGAACUGAUGAAUCAUUUAGACUGAAGCCUCAGUGUCUUGAAGAAGAAUCUGAAGUAGCCUCAACUGAUGGGACUUCUUCUGAAUGGUCUAUCAAAUCAAAUCCUGGAAGGUGUUUAGAAUCAAAUUCUGUGCCUCCACCAUUCCCUGGUGAAUCUGAUGACAAGAGAGAUUCAACAGUUAAUAUUACUGGAGUUGCAUUGUUUUCCGGGAAUAAAAGUGGAUCAGGAAGGUCUAUCAAAUCAAAUCCUGCAAGGUCUUUAAAAUCAAAUUCUAUACCUCCACCAUUCCCUGAUGAAUCCGAUGAUGAGAGAGGUUCAGCAUUUAAUAAUACUGGAGUUAAUUCGUUUUCCGGCAAUGUGGAUUCUAGGAAUGGAUCAGGAAGGUCUAUCAAAUCAAAUCCUGGAAGGUGUUUAGAAUCAAAUCCUGGAAGGUGUUUAGAAUCAAAUUCUGUGCCUUCAACAUUCCCUGAUAUAUCUGAUGACGAGAGAGAUUCAACAGUUAAUAUUACUGGAGUUGAAUUGUUUUCCGGCAAUGUGGAUUCUAGGAGGGGAUCAGAAGAGAAGUUAGCAGCAUUGGAGUUGCGAUUAACAAAACUAGAGGACAGAAAAAAAAUUUCAGAAAUUGAAAGUUUCUUGAAUAAUGAAGAGAUUGUUGCUCCCCCAGGCCUUCCAAUGCAAAGUAAAGAAGAUUUGCAGUGGCUUAACCUUAAGUUGCAAAUGAAAUCUGAGAUGGCUGUCUAUGUUGAAUAUCUGCGUUCUGUAGGCGGUAGAGUUGAGCGAGCAAAAUACGUACGACGAGUGUUGGGAGCUAUGUUUUCAAAAAAUUUCAGUGUUUUAUGUAAUCUUAAUGGAUCCUCGAGUAAGAUGAUGGCAACUGGAAUGGGAAAGAUCAAGUUGCGAAGUUAUCAUUUUGUUAUAAAAUGCUUAGUUUCGACAGUAAGAAUUCAGUAUCCAAAUUCUAAAGAUAAAGAUUUUUACCCGAUCUUUUCAAGAUGGUUUCAAGGAGCGAUUGAUCAGGGUGAUGGUCGAAUAAAUAGGCGGGCGAAGAGCAUUCUAAUCAAAAAUCAGUUGCUUUUAAUGAAUAUAGAAAAUAUUUAGUUUUUAUUUUUUUUUGUAAAUUUAUAAAAGCUUACUUAACUUGAGUUUUAUAAUAUUAUCUCAUUUAUCUUAAUUUAUAAUUUUCUAAUAAACUGUAACAUUUUAAA